AUGUCCAAACGCCGCUCCCGUGCGGCAGCCACCGCGGCCGCGGCGGCAGCGACAGAUGCUGCGCCAAGUCCCAAGCGCGUGGCCGUUCGUAUUGACAUGGAUGCCAUCAGCCGCCUACGCAUGCGCAAAGCCGUCAUCGCCCAACUCCUGGACGAUUUGGAGGCCAUGUCAAUUCAUAACAAGCCCAUCACCCAGCCCUUCAAGGAGCUGCCGUCUGAGAAUGACGAGCCAGCAUACUAUCAGGAAAUCGAAAAGCCCAUCGAUUUCAAAAGCAUCCGCGCCAAGUUGAACGGGGGCCGCUACAAGCUCAUGCGCAGCUUUUUUGACGACAUGCUGCUCCUUACCGAGAAUGCCUUGGCCUACCACCGCCCUGCCUCGCACGCUUACAAGUGCGCGCUCAAAAUCCAAGAGACAACCCUCCAACGCUUUGAAACCCUGCUCGCCGACAGCGCCCAGGACAAGUGUGGCUCGCAAAAGGCGCGCGACGCGGCCACGACCGAAGCCGAAUCGGCUCUCCUCACUGAAGAGCAGGCGGCUGCACUCCGCUCGAUUGAGCUCCUCAAGGCUCGUCGCGAGGGAGCCCAAACACCGUCAGCCGUGAAGAAUGACCGCCGUCGCGGCAAGAUCAUUGAUGCUCUGUACGCUUCUGCCUUUGUGCGACCCACCCGCCACCACGUACCACACUCAUCAUUCCCCCUCCGCGUACGCAACAAACAUACCCGCGAGCGACACUGCGAGCUUUUUAUCGAUCUGCCCCCGCGAGACAUGUACCCAGAUUACUAUGAAAUCAUUGCGACACCCAUCUGCAUUAACGACCUCAAACAGCGCGUCCGAGAACCCGAGUAUUUCCUCGAGGACUUGAUGCGCGAUAUCCGGACGAUGUUUGACAACGCCUUCACGUACAAUUCUCCCGGUACCAUUGUUUUUGACGACGCCUUGGCCCUUUUGGAAACAGCCGAAAACAUGCUGACGCGUUUCCUCGACGAAGAGGCCGCUGACGAGGCGAAGAUGGCAUCCAAGAAGAAGAAAAAGGCACGUCCCAUCCUCCCGUCGUCACCGCGCCUUGGUUUGCCCGAUGGCAACUCACCCCCUUCCAAUAUUAUCCCGAUAACAGGAGCAAGCUACGCCUGCCAAAACCGCUCCUACUACACCGGCCCCAGCCCCCGAACCCCACACACCUCAUUGAAAACGUUGCUUCCUUUGUUUGUUGCACAGAUUCGACGACUGCUCAACGCUAUCCGCUCGGCCCGCAAUGAGGAGGAUGGUUACGAUCUUGCCGAGCCGUUCUUGGAGCUACCCGAUCGCAAGCAGUGGGCGAUCUACUACCAAGUCAUUCAAAAGCCCAUCUCCCUUGAACAAAUCGAGGACCAUCUGCAAAAGGCGAAAUAUGCAAACCUUGACGCGGCACUGGCCGACCUUGACCUCAUGUUUGACAACGCCACUACCUUCAAUCAGGCCGAUUCGGAGCUGUACCAGGCAUUGGCCCACGAAACAGUUGCUCGCCUCAAGCAGGAGCGGGCCCAGACUUCUUUAGCCGCGGCCUCGCCUGCUGCCAGCGGCCAGGCUUCGCAAGGGCCUCCCAUUAAGAUCAGACUCACCAAUUUGCAGAGGCCUGGAGCUACGACCAAUGCCGAAGCAAAGUCCUCGGCUUCUGCAGAACCCACCGCUUUCCGACUUUUGCAAGAUCGCACACGCUACAUGCUAGCUAGUGAUGUGGCCAAUGCACUGGGCAAUGUUGGGUCAGCAACCAAGCUGUUUGAGCGAUAUACUGGCCUGUGGCGCCGACCCCUGUCUCAAAAAGAGCGAGGCUAUGCAGCCGACGAGUUGAAGCGUACUUUACCUGCUCGAGUGACCUACAUUGUCAAGGCCAGCGAGGCGCAGGCGCUUCUCAAGGGGCAGGGAGAAGACUACAUUGAAGCCAAUACUACGCCUGCGCACGCGGCUUCUGCCGCCGUGGCGGCCUUUGACCCCGAGGAUGCUCCCGUGACGGCUGAGGAUGCGACACCUGUCGAUGAGGAGGAUGACGUUGAUUGGUACCACCGGGACCCUUCCGUAUACCGAGCGAAAAAGCCGAUGGAACUCCGUCGUCUCGUUGGCCGUGACCUAUGGCUGGGAUUGCUGGAUAACUUGCGUCAAUACACCAACGAGGCUGAUGAUGCCAUCGCCGAGCCGUUUUGGGAAUUGCCGACUCGUGAGGAGUUGAAAGAUUACUACUUGACCAUCAGCUCACCCAAGGAUUUGAAGACUGUCUAUCAAAAUGUCAAAGCCGACCGCUACACGAGUGCCGAAGCCUUUGUUGCCGACACGGUCCUGGUCUUUCACAAUGCCAUGGUCUACAACCACGAGGCAAGCGUGCUUUGCAAGUUUGCACAAAGCCUCUUGCAAAUCUUUCAGACCCAAGCUCGACGCUUCCUGCCUGCCCAGGCCGUGUGUGCCUGUCCUGGUCUCAAAACCAUCUCCCCCCUCAGCUCACUGGCGCUGGCGCUUUUGAGUGCAAUGCGGGCUAUGCGCCAGGGCAAGCGUGCGCUUUGCGAGGAGUUUAUCAGCCUGCCUGACCCGGAUGAGUUUCCGGAUUAUUAUGUGGCCAUCUCCAAGCCCAUCACCUUGGCCACGAUCCACGAGAACAUUUUCAAAGAAACUUACCAUAAUCUUGAAGAGUUUGUUGAUGAAGUCAAGGAGAUGUUUUACAACGCUCGGUUCUACAACGAACCAUCGUCUUCGGUAAAUUUGUCUGCUCCAAUCCACCAAGACUCGAUUGCUCUGCAACAGCACUUUGUGCGCAAGCUCCAUCAGUUGUGUGCUCAGCAAAACGUAGAGUCAAGUGCAUUGCGCUAUACCAAGGAACAGUUUCAGCUCGAACUAGCUGCGCAACAACAAAAAAUCAAGGCCGCAGUUACUGCGAUCAAGGUGGCGGAGAUUGAUCCCGCGCGGCGUAACGAGCUGGCUAGUUACCAAAAACCCGCCGACUCGAAUGGGCCUGCCUGUACCGUUCCCGUGGGCUCUUAUGUGUUGCUGGCCAAUGACAGCAAUCCCAAGAAACCCAAGGUGGCUCAAGUGGAGAGCAUUUUCGAUGUUCCCAAAAUGGGCACCUAUCUCGAAGUCAGCUACUUUUGGCGUCCAGAAGAGACGUAUCAUGUGCCCACAAAGACCUUUUAUGCAAACGAGGUCAUGGCCGUCAAGGAAACCUACGUUCACGCCGCCUCGGAUAUUCUGCGCCCCUGUGCCGUCAUGUUUAUUCGGGAUUACUUGCGCUUUGAGCCUGCGGACAUUCCAGAGAAAGAUGUCUUUGUGUGCGAGUCGCGCUACAAUGCCAAGACUCGACAAAUUAAACCAGUCAAGCAGUGGCAAGCACCAAAGCAUGAACUGGCCACCAAGCGCCGAGCGCAAACGCUUCUGGCCCAUGCCAUCCCACGCGUCAAAUCGGUGUAUGCCACUGCAGAUAUGCUGUCCGGCAUGCCCAUGCUCAGCGAUGCGCGCAACAAGGUCGCAACCGAUGUGCAGCCACCCGCCAAGCUCAAGGGCUACAAGUUUUUUUCCGUUUACUACAUGGACAACCGCCCUCUUUGUCCGGGAGACUACGUCUAUUUCAAGUCCGAGGACGACCAGCCGCACCUGGCGCGGAUCGACUUUAUUUACGAGAAGGAUGACGGUAACGCCUUUUUUGUUGGCCAACGAUUUUUGUACCCGGGUGAGACGAUGCAUCAGACAUCUCGUCUGUUUUAUCCCAAUGAAGUUCUUCACUGCGAUUUGGAAGCCGAGCAGCCCGUGCAAACCAUCAUUACACAUGCCUACGUGCUUUACAUCUCGGACUACGUGCGGCGCCGGCCCUUGAGCAUCAGUCCAAGCGACGUGCACGUUUGCGAUAGCAGUUACUUGCCCAAGGACGAGAGCAUUGUCAAAAUCAAGGGCAUCGAUGCGCCACCAUUGCUUGAGUAUAUCGAAUUACCUUCGCGCCUCACGAUUCGACGCACGGAGCGUUCGCCAUUGGUGCAUCAGCAGCGCGAGCAGGAGCGUGCCGCACCUGAGCCCACCAAGCCAGUCAAUGCUUCAGAAGCAAAGGCUCAAGACUCGUCUCCGGAGAAGCGAUCGGCAUCAGAGCGCCCCGAACCAGAGCCGGUGACCGACCUGAGCACGGGCCGCACGGACGAGGAUCCUCAACGCCGCAAGCCCUACCUCAACCCUUUUAUGGCAUUUGCGCGGUACUACCGCCACGAGUUGUUAAAGCAGGAUGAGAUGCCCGAUGACAUUGGUAGCGCGAUAGAGGAUGCUUGGGACGAGCUUUCCGAGGAGGAAAAGACCCAAUGGGGCGAGCAGGCGCGCCAGGAAACAACGGAGCGGCAAGAGCAGCUGUUACCGGCAGCGCCCAUCUAUGGAAAACGGCGCUAUCGACGCGAGCCUGAGCCUGAGCCGACAAUGAAUGACCCCGAAGUCUACGUCAAGGCCAAGCGAAUUCAAGAUAAUUUUGAGGCUGCUGAGCUGGCCAGCGCACACAAGCGAACGAUUGUCAGCGAGCCGGCCAAGAAGAAGGAGCACUCGAUGGCCACCAUGGAGCUCAACAAACGAAUGUAUCAAGUGACGGAUCGUGGGAACGAGCGUGUGGUGCUACCCGGCAAGGCCGACACGCCGACCGGUUACACCAUGGACCCCGACCGCGGUGUGUCGUAUUCGCAAGCGUAUCUUGAUCACUUGGCCAAGGUGGCGCAAACAGAAACAUCGGCGCCGCCAGCUGCUGCGGUUAGCGCUCCGGCGACUGCGGAAAAGCGCCUCUUUUUGGAAGCCAUCAUGCAGCUCGCGCACGGAUUUGAAACUUCCUGA